AUGGGCCCUCGAUUCCUCCUGGCUCUGUGUUUUGUCCUCCUGGUAUUAGCAUGUGAGGCCCAGCAAGACGAGCCUGCCAGCCAAACUCUGCUGGCGCAGGUGCAGGAGUCUCUCUCCAGUUACUGGGACACAGCUAAGGCGGCCGCCCAGGGUCUGUAUGAGAAGACAUAUCUGACCAGCAUGGAUGAGAAACUCAGGGAUAUGUACAGCAAGGGUUCGGCAGCCAUGACCACUUACGCAGGCAUCGUCACUGACCAGAUCCUCACUCUGCUGAAAGGAGACUAG